AUGAAGUUGGACAUGCUCCUGCUGCAGCUCAGCAGGCCGGAGCUGUGCAGCACGCCUCAGUUGACUCGUCGACUGCGCCAGCGCGACAGCAGGGGGAAGGAAGAGUUCUUUCUAGCAGAGAAAACGUUUCUCGUCGGCUCCAAGGAGUGGUUCGAGAGCAUGAAGGAGACGAGGCAAGAUAUAAGCAGCGCCGAUGCGGUAGCAAAAGGAGAGGAGGAGGAUAGAAGAUGUCAUAACGUGCCUGCUAUCCUGCAGUCUGGGGGAAGCAAGGACGUUUCGAAGAACGUGUCGUCUUUCGAAGUCCUCAAACGUGAGUUGGAUGCUCCAAAACCAACAGCGAACAAGGCCCCGUUGCACGAGAACAAAGCUUCCGAUCUGCUAGAGAAAGAGCGGCUGAAUGCAAACAAAUCGACGAAUGCUCCAAGGAUUGUUGCUGCUUCGCAUACUUCUCGACGUGCCGAUGAGAUCAAGAAAACGAUCAUAAGGAGGGAAGUGAAGGAAGUUGAGAGGGAGGGAGCGCUGGUCGGUGUACAGAACGUAAGAGCAAGAGAGGCGGAGGCGGAGGAGGGGCGAGAAGGAGAGGAGGAGGAUCAAGAGGGGGAGCGAGAGGGGGAGGAGGCAGGAGCAGAGAAGGAGGAGGAGAGGAAACUUUUCCGGGGAGAGCUGUCUGGAAACGUGCUGAGUGACAACGAGGCUCGACUGGUUGGGUCGUCUCCGACUCCUGGGCAGUGCCAGAUGGUUGUCUUCUCAUUCGGGGUUGACUACAAAAUCACUUUCGACGCUGGUGAUCUUGUCCUUGUUCCAAGGUCCAAGGGAGGGCUGUGCUUUGGAGUAUUGGAGAGCAGAAAGACAGAUGCGAAGAAACGGGUUUUCUGGAAUGUUGAGCUAGGAGCUGGGGCGGUCAAACCUGUACCAGAACCGAUGUUGGGGAAGAGUUUGUCAGGAAUUUGUGCAAAAAGGAGCGAAGAAAUCAACAACAUUCGCGCGAUUGGGAAGGAGCCAACUCAAGAGGAUCUCAGAUCCGUGAUCUUUGGUCUUUCCUCCAAGUUUGACAAGUUGGAGGUAGUCCUUGUCCCCUGCGCCCGUGGAGGGUUUGCUUACGGAUAUAUCGCGGACUGUGAUGGAAAUCACCAUUACCUUGUCAAGAGCUCUAUGUGA